AUGGAGUCAUCUUUCUCAUUUGGAAUGAUCCUCGCUGUCCUAACUGUCCUCAUCAUUGCUGUUAAUGCUGUGGCUGUGGCUAUGCUGCUAUCAAUCUACAAGAACGAUGGUGUUGGUCUUUGCUUCACCUUGAAUCUGGCCAUGGCUGAUACCUUGGUUGAUGGGGCUAUCUCUGUUCUAGUUACAGACCAGCUCCCCAGCUCUGCUCAGCACACACAGAAGACCCUGUGUAGCCUUCGGAGGGCAUUUGUCACUUCUUCUGCAGCUGCCUCUGUCCUCACGGUCAUGCUGAUUGCCUUUGACAGAUACCUUGCCAUUAAACAGCCCCAUGGUUACUUCCAGAACAUACAUGGUCUUGUGACCGGGGCACGCAUUGCAGGACUGUGGUUGUUAUGGUACCUUAUCAGCUUCCUCCCACUCAGAGGCUCCAUAUUCCAGCAGACCACCUACCAUGGGCCCUACAGCUUCUUUGACCCAAGGUUUGUGCUAACCCUAUCCUGUGCUGGCCUCUUCCCAGCUGUGCUCCUCUUUGUCUUCUACUGUGACAUGUUCAAGAAUGCUUCUCUGCACAGAUCCAAAAGAUGGAAAAUGCAGGAGCCAUGGCAGGAGCUUGCUGCCACCCCACCACCACCACCAUGGCCUGUCAAUGACUUCAAAGCUGUCCAUACUGUGUCUGUUUUCAGUGGGAGCUUCACUCUGCCCUGGUCCCCCUUUCCCAUCAUUAGCAUUGUGCAUGUGGCCUGCCAAAAGUGCUGUCUCUACCAAGUGCUAGAAAAGUACCUGUGGCUCCUCCGAGUUGGCAACUCCCUGUUCAACUCACUCAUCUAUGCCUAUUGGCAGAGGGAGGUUCGGCAGCAGGUCUACCACAUGGCCCUGGGAAUCAAGAAGGACUUCACUUUAAUCCCCCUCCUUCUCUCAGCCAGGAAUGGUGGUCAGGAGACGCCUGGAGGUCAGGAGGGCCCCAGAGAAAGCACCUAUCACAUUGUCACUAUCAGUCACCCGGAGAGCUCAAUGGCUGAGAUGGUAAGGAAAGAUUCAAAGUGCCUUUCCCAUUACCACUCUGGAUCCUAG